GAGAGAGAGAGAGGAGAAUCAGGAAGGAUUGCUGCUGCGAUGGCUUUGGGCUGGUACGCGAGCGGGCUGCACUCAGACGGAGGAGAGCAGAGCUGCACAGAACGCGCUCCGUUUGAUGGCACUCGGGCUGCUAUGGAAACUAAUGAUGUGAGCCGAGAUCCGGAUCAUGAACGCCGCCAGGCAGGUGUUCGAGGGUGAUGCGGAGGGUGUGUGUGAGCUGUGGCUUGGCGACCCGACCCGAGUACUGGUGACGGGGGUCAUGGGACUGCUGCUGCCCCCUGUCCGUCUCUCAGUCCACCCCUCUGCCUCCGGAGGCCCCAGGGUCCUACGUUCCCCACGGUACCAGCCUAAACCAGCCUUGUCCAGAAAACAGCACAGACGAUCUUUCUCUCACUCAGGUGGUGAUUUUCGGUCUUGCGUCUGAGGAUAAUGUCUGAGUCUUCUCUGGACACCAGAAGUUGUGACGUUAUGAAGGUUCUGGAGAGUGCUGAGCCACACCCGGCUGACUCGCCUGCGACACAUAUCGAGCCCCAACACAUGCCCCAGAACAACGGCACACACACUGCCCACCAGGAGUGUGCGACAGACCAAAGCUCCUCCCAUCAAACUCAGCUCGGCCAAUCAGCAACGAGUAUUAAACGUUCCAAGUCCAACGGCAAGUUAAAGUUAGUACGCAGCUUGGCGGUGUGCGAGGAGCCAUCUCCGCCCCCGCUCGGAGAACUGCCACACGAACAGGAUAAGAUUCAUUUCGAGCUCAGUCAGUCUUUUGAAAAAGACGAGACGUUCAUCAAAAAUGAGGACAGUGAGAAAAUCUCUGUAAAGACAGAGAAAACAGACCGACUGUCCAAGAAGACACUCUCAAGAGAUCCCAGUCAGGAAUACACAGACUCUACGGGUAUAGACCUCCAUGAGUUUCUGGUCAACACACUGAAGAACAACCCCCGGGACAGAAUGAUGCUGCUGAAACUUGAGCAAGAUAUUCUGGACUUCAUUAGUAACAUUGACAGUCAGAGGAGGAAGUUCCCCCCGAUGACAUCUUAUCACAGGAUGCUCCUCCAUCGCGUGGCGGCAUAUUUUGGGUUGGACCAUAACGUUGAUCCGACUGGGAAAUCAGUAAUCAUCAACAAAACCAGCAAUACUAGAAUACCGGAUCAAAAGUUUUCUGAUCACAUUAAAGAUGAUAAAACGGACGAUUUCCAAAAGCGGUACAUAUUAAAGAGAGAUAACUCAAGCCUGGACCAGGAGGAUGGCAGGCUGCGGAUGCGUCUUAAGGAUGAUAGACGGAGUAAAUCGAUAGAGGAGAGAGAGGAGGAGUAUCAGCGAGCCAGAGACAGGAUCUUUGCUGAAGACGGGCAAGAUCAUUUCCCGUUUGAUAAAAGAAUCCAAGAGGACAUGACUUUCAUUAACACUCAACAAAGACGGCAAAUUUUCAGAUUGAGAGACGAGCACUCGGGAAACAGUCGUCAGAGCAGCUCUGAGAACGAGUUGAAGUAUUCAGAUCCUCGGCCGUGGAGCAGCACAGAUUCGGACAGUUCCCAUAGGAACCUGAAACCCGCCAUGACCAAAGCCAACAGUUUCAGUGGCAUCAGUCUGUUGAUACGAGGAGACAGCACCGCCAGCAGCAAAAGCACGGGGAAGCUGUCCAAAACUAGUUCAGACUCCUCUUGUAGCGUAGGUUCAUCCUCCGGGUCACUCUCUCGGCCUGCUCAGCUGUCGUUACCUGCCCCUGUUCUACCCCAGCCCAGUCGGGUCUUUACCAUGGCCCCUGCGGCGCCUCUGCCUGCUGCGCCAAUCGGGGGCAACACACCAACCCAGGCUCCUCAGAGCGCGACUACUAACUCAAACAUUAUUAAUAAUGCUAGCUUCUACAUUGUUUCUCUGGAUACCACCGCCAUUCCACCAGGCAGUGUGCUACUCAAUCCACAAACAGGUCAGCCUUUUUUUAACCCUGACGGCAGCCCGGUGGUCUACAACCCUGCCAUGACGUCACAGCAGGGGCGUGGCCAACAGCCCAUGACUCUUCACCCUCCCCCUCCGCCUCUUCCUCCUCCCCCUCAACCACAGCCAGCCAAUCACCUUCUCGCACAGUCGUCUGUGCAGCCAGUGCAGUUUUCUGCGGUUUCUUGUCCUCCUCUCCUGCCUGGUGCUUUCUCUCAGCAAUACACUGUGCAACAGGAUGGUUUAAGCACCCAGUUUAGCCAGAUGAAUCUAGUUCGGCAGCCGUCAGGGGAUGCUUCGGACCCCCACAUGGGCCUCUACCCACAAUCCCUGGUGCUCCAGAACGCUCCGCCCACCGGAUACAUGCUUUCAUCAGCGGGACAGCCCAUGAGCGGACACGCCUACCCCCCGCCAACACAUGUCAAUCAACCGGUCCUUCAGCCGCAUGGAUACAUACAGCAACCCGUUCAACAGGUGUCUGCGUGUUAUUGUGCUCCGGGACAGUACUCCCACUCAACCCAACACUACAGAGCAGUGACGCCAGUACACUACAGCGCCACCCAGGGUCAGCAACUGCCACCACAACAGACAGGUUUUCAUGCGGUCAUGCCCGGUCCACCCCCCAGCUACCAGGGCAUGAUGGGAGUUCAGCAGACUCGGAACCAAUCACUGGUCAGCACUCAGGGUGGGAUGGCCAAUCAGAUGCAGAGUGUGAUGGUGCAGUACCCCACCAUGCCUCCAUAUCAGGUGUCUGUGCAGCAGGGUUCUCAGAGCGUUCCACAGGCAGCCUAUCAACAACAUAUUGUGCUGCAGGGACAGACCAAUCAGACGCCAGCACCCUCUGCCAGCAUGCAGGUGUAUUACAGCAUGAUGCCGCCAACACAACACUCUACCAUCAGUUCUACUCUUGGCUUCCUCCCCCCACCGGGUUCAGAGCAGAUGUCGUUUCCCCGAGCACUCUCCCCCUGUGGCUCUCAGCCAAUCUCAGGCCAGCAGUGCACAGGUGUUCCUCCCCUGCCCCCUGCUGGUGGAGUGGUGAUGAUGCAGUUGAGCGUUCCUCCCAUCCAGCAGCCGCGAGCUCCAUCACCACCACUGUGGAAACCAAACCGAUACUAUAAAACCAACGAACUGCCCCUGCAGGACAACACACACAAUAAUCCUCAGCAGUUGGUUAGCCCCUCCCCCUCUCCUGCUCAGUCACCCAUCCCUGCCCAUCUGGCCAAUCUAAAGGGUCCUCGUCCUGGCCCCGCCCCCUUUCCUAUCAUGCACCAGUUUUCCCGCCCUUUUGCUCCAGGCCAAGGUGAUGGCAGGUAUCCUCCUCUGAUUGGACAGCCCCUGCAGUAUAACACCCCCAUCAGACCCCCACUAAUGCACGGCUCCCAUGUUGUCAACCACCAUAAUCAUCAUCUUCAUCACCACCAGGGUCCAGUGGGUGUACGGCACGGCGGCCGCGGUCGAAGACCCCCAAAGAAAUCACUGUCUACUGACAUGAGCACAAGAGAAACGGACACCGGUCGUGUUUUGGAGGUGACAGAUCUUCCGGCUGGCAUCAGUCGAGUGGAAGCAGACUCUUUACUGGCAGAACUCGGCAAAGUUGGCGCUCUCAUAAAAUGGCUGCCCGAACCUCCGUCCCCCAGCCAAUCAGUGAGCCGCGGCGAGGGAGCGGACGUAACGAACUCUGACUCUCCCAAACUUCCCAAUCCUCAUGACCUGGCUUCCACAUACACCAUCCUGGCCUUGUUCCCUUCGAAAUACGCAGCGCAAAGCGCACUUCAAAAACUCAACAGCUCCAUCACCAAAUUCAAACUGAGAACUAGCAAGGGACAUAACGAACAGCACACGCUCGCCAGAUCCAGCUCUCAGUGAGGCCACGCCCCCUGUGCCCUAUCUCCACCGAUCACCACCAUUGCCUCUGGCUCACUUCCUGCCAUUUCAGUCACACCUUCCUGUUUUUUUUUUUCUUUUGUUUUUUUAUUGUUUUUUUUGCACCACUAUGGCUUAAUCCAAACUGGUUUGUUAUUUUCGAAUGGGGAUUUCACGUUAGUUUGUUUAAAAAAAAAUUAUAAUUAUUGCAUAAAUUUGGAAUGUUGUAGUUGAAUUGUUCUCUCACAGUUGUGAAUGAAUUUAUCUAGCUUUGUUAUUUAAAUGAAACCAAAACAAAGGCAAAUUAAACAUGUUUUGCAUAUCUUUUCGGUUCAUUUGGAAAUAGAACAGGAACUAAAUUAAACCAGAGCAUGUUUUUUUGCUUUCUUUUUUUCAUUUACAAUCAAAAAUGUGAAUAGUAGUUUCAAAGUCACACAGCAACAAAACACCCUCUGCUUUUGCCAUAUCGCUCUUACAAAACAUUGUUUUUUUAAGGAAUUUAAAGGAAAAACAAACAUUUUACAACUAAGCUAUGAUUUUUACAGUCGACAAUAAUGAUGGGACAUCUGUAAUGAGGGAACACUUCGACCUGUGCCUUCAAGCAAGGACCCAUUGUUUAUGCCGAACAACAACGACAAAGCCAGAAAAACAACAUCCAAAAUAAAACUUAAUAUAUACUGUAGCCGAAUCCAAAUAAGCAAGUCGUUUGUUCUUUGGUGGAAUGUAUUUUCGGUACUGGUUUGGCACACCAACAUGUUGACUUUUUUUUAUUUUUUAUUAUUAUUAUAAUUUUUUUUACUUAAUUUAAAUGUGGAUUGAAAUGGCGCAGCUGGCAAAUGAAAGGUUUUAUCGCUUUGUCUCUCAUUACCUGUCUUUGGGACAAUGGACGCUGUCCAUUAGGGUUUUUAAAAAUUCUUAUCUCAUUAAAAGUCACUGGAAUAAAAGUUUGCACUCUCUCACAUCUUUUCCUCUUUCUCUCUUUCGUUAUUUCUCCUGUUUUAUUUUCGUUGCGAGAUGUGUGGACUACGAAAGGCUGUAAAAUGUUUGCUGGUGCAAGUUGUUUUUAUCUCAGUUUGAAACCAAUAAAUGAUUACACACA